UUUUUUUUUUUUCCUGCUACUGUAAUCCAUAUACUCUCAAAGUAACAAUGUCCAUUCUCGGUUUUUGGGGUCUCCACGUCUUGCCCGGCAAGACCUAUACUCAAGUUGUUGACGCUAGCUUCCGCGUCUCCAUGGCCUCUUUUGGCGAGGAGAUCAAGUCGCAAGAGCGCACUUGUGUCAAAGUCAAUGUUGACGACAAGGAAUUUGUCCUCUGCGCUUUGACUCCUAAGCAUAUUGAGCAACAGCUUCUUGACCAUAACUUUGUUGAAGGUGAAGAAGUCACUUUCUCUGUCUCUGGUAAAAAUGCUGUCCAUCUCACUGGUAACUACAUUCCCGAUGACGAUAUGGACCAGGAUCCCUAUGAUUCCGAUCUCAUGAUGGGAAGCAGUGAUGAAGAGGAUGAUUUGGAAGAGGCCAGCGAAGAUGAUGAGGAAGAUGACGAUAUCCUUGCCAAUGGUAUUGUUACCAAUGGAGCUAAGCGUCUUGCUGCUGUUGAAGAAAGUGACGAGGAGGAGGAGGAAGAGGAGGAGGAAGUACCUGUCGCUAAGAAUGGUAAGAAGAGAGCUGCUGAACAAGCUGCUGCUCCUGCUACCAAGAAGCAAAAGGCCCAAGAGCAAGCCAAGAAGCAAGAAUCCAAGAAGCCCGAGCCCAAGAAGCCUGAGGCCAAGAAGGAACAGGCCAAGAAGGAGGAGCCAAAGAAGGAGCAACCCAAGAAGGAAGAGGCAAAGAAGGAAAAGCCCAAGGCUACCAAGCUUGCUAAUGGUCUCGUCAUUGAAGACAUGAAGGUUGGAACCGGUCCCAAGGCCAAGGCCGGACAAAGAAUUGGAAUGCGCUACAUCGGAAAGCUCCAAAGUGGCAAGGUCUUUGACAAGAACGUCUCUGGCAAACCUUUCAACUUCGGCCUUGGCCGCGGUGAAGUCAUCAAGGGUUGGGAUCAGGGUAUUGUUGGCAUGGCAAUUGGUGGCGAACGCAGACUUACCAUCCCUGCUUCUCUUGCCUACGGUUCCCAGAGCUUGCCUGGUAUCCCCAAGAACUCCACUCUCAUUUUCGACGUCAAGCUUUUGACUAUGAAAUAAGCAUUUGACAUCCAACUUCCAUAUUUUUCACUUCAACCAUAGAAUUUACUUGAAAAAAAAAAUCCGCUGGUUCAUUUUGUUUCAUGUAGCAUGUCUGCUGAACAUAUAGAAUCCUAGUUCAUUAUAUUGUACAGCACAAUCACAAUAAAUCUUUUUUGUUUUAAUAAUGAAAGGAAGA